AUGUCUGUUAGAAAAAAUUUACUGCUAUUAGCUAGUGCUACUGUGGCUACAGCUGCUUCCUGUAACCCAUUAACCUCUACAUCCUGUCCUGCUAAUACGGCUUUGGCAGGUUCUUUCUCUGAGGAUUUCACCUCUUCUUCUUCAUACUUCACUGAUGAAAAGAUGCCAGGUUCUAUUGAAUACUCUUCGGAUGGUCUUUCAAUGACUUUAAACAAACAAGGUGAUAAUCCAACUUUAACUUCCAAUUUCUAUAUCAUGUACGGUAAAGUCGAAGUCGUAAUGAAAGCUGCUCCAGGUCAAGGUAUCGUCUCAUCUUUCUUCUUACAAAGUGACGAUUUAGACGAAUUAGAUAUCGAAUGGGUAGGUUCUGAUGAUACUCAAUUCCAAUCAAACUACUUCUCAAAGGGUGAUACCACCACUUACGAUAGAGGUCAAUUCCAUCCUGUCAGUGAACCAGAGACUACUUUCCACAAUUAUACAAUGGAAUGGGGUAUGGAUAAGACUACUUGGUACUUAGAUGGUACUGCCGUUAGAGUCCUAGAAAAUACCACUACCGAAGGUUAUCCACAAACUCCAAUGUAUUUGAAGAUGGGUAUUUGGGCCGGUGGUGAUCCAUCUAAUGCUGAAGGUACAAUUGAAUGGGCUGGUGGUUUGACCGAUUACUCUCAAGCUCCUUUCACCAUGUAUAUCUCUAAAGUUGUCGUCACUGAUUAUUCUACUGGUAGUGAAUAUUCUUAUGGUGAUCAAUCUGGUUCUUGGGAAUCUAUUGAAUGUAAGGAUGGUGCUAUCUAUGGUAGAUACCAACAAGCUUUGAUGGAUUUUGCUGAAUUGACUAAUGGUGGUAACAUUACUGAAGCUACUGUUUCUAGUGCUUCUUCUACAUCUGAAGUUGCUUCUUCCACCACCUCCUCCUCUUCUGAUGUUGCUUCUUCUACCUCUGAAGUUGUUUCCUCUUCCUCUUCUUCUUCUUCUUCUUCUUCUUCUUCAUCAUCUUCAUCUUCCUCUUCAUCUUCCUCUUCCUCUUCUUCUGCUGCUGUCACUACCACUUCUACUAAGGCUACUACCAGCUCCACUACUUCUGCUAAGGCCACUACUACCUCUUCUUCAAAGGUUUCUUCAGUUGCUCCAACAACAGUUGAAAAGAGUUCAUCUUCUGUAGAAGCUGUCGAAAAUACUGCUUCUGUCUCCCAUACUUCAUCUUCUCAAGCCGUUAAGAUUGCUUCUGAUAUGGCCAAUGGGAUCACAGCUAGCUUCGGUCUAGCUACUCUACCAUUGCUACUAUUAUCUCUAUUAUAA